CCAGCUCCCAGCAUGGCUUCUUCACGACCCUCCUCCACGGCAACCAAAACCUCUAAGGCGCCUGAUGACUUAGUUGCUCCUGUUGUGAAGAAACCCCAUAUCUAUUAUGGAAGUUUGGAAGAAAAGGAGAGGGAACGUCUUGCCAAAGGAGAGUCUGGAAUUUUGGGGAAAGAAGGACUUAAAGCAGGAAUCGAAGCAGGAAAUAUUAAUAUAACCUCUGGAGAAGUAUUUGAGAUUGAGGAGCACAUCAGUGAGCGACAAGCAGAAGUAUUGGCAGAGUUUGAGAGGAGGAAACGAGCCCGGCAAAUCAACGUUUCCACAGAUGACUCCGAGGUCAAGGCUUGCCUUAGAGCAUUAGGAGAACCCAUCACACUUUUUGGAGAGGGCCCAGCUGAACGAAGAGAAAGAUUAAGAAAUAUCCUUUCAGUGGUUGGUACUGAUGCCUUAAAAAAGACCAAAAAGGAUGAUGAAAAAUCUAAGAAAUCCAAAGAAGAGUAUCAGCAAACGUGGUAUCAUGAAGGACCAAACAGCCUAAAGGUUGCAAGGCUGUGGAUUGCUAACUAUUCACUACCCAGGGCAAUGAAACGCUUGGAAGAGGCUCGUCUCCAUAAAGAGAUUCCUGAGACAACUAGGACCUCUCAGAUGCAAGAGCUGCACAAAUCUCUUCGAUCUUUAAAUAAUUUCUGCAGUCAGAUUGGGGAUGACCGGCCUAUCUCGUACUGUCACUUUAGUCCUAACUCUAAAAUGUUGGCCACAGCUUGUUGGAGUGGGCUUUGCAAGCUCUGGUCUGUUCCUGAUUGCAACCUUCUUCACACUCUUCGAGGACAUAACACAAAUGUAGGAGCGAUUGUAUUCCAUCCCAAGUCCACAGUCUCUCUGGACCAAAAAGAUGUCAACCUGGCCUCUUGUGCUGCUGAUGGUUCUGUGAAGCUUUGGAGCCUUGACAGCUAUGACCGCUCAUGGCGCUUGUGGGAUUUGGAGGCUCAAGAGGAGAUCCUGCACCAGGAGGGCCACAGCAUGGGUGUGUAUGAUAUUGCCUUCCAUCAAGAUGGCUCUUUGGCUGGCACUGGGGGACUAGAUGCCUUUGGUCGAGUUUGGGACCUGCGCACUGGACGGUGUAUCAUGUUCCUUGAAGGCCACCUAAAGGAAAUCUAUGGAAUCAAUUUUUCUCCUAAUGGCUAUCACAUUGCAACUGGUAGUGGUGACAACACGUGCAAAGUAUGGGACCUUCGACAGCGACGCUGUGUCUACACUAUUCCUGCCCAUCAGAACUUAGUGACUGGUGUCAAGUUUGAGCCUAUCCACGGGAACUUCUUACUUACUGGAGCCUAUGAUAACACUGCCAAGAUCUGGACCCACCCAGGCUGGUCCCCACUCAAGACUCUGGCUGGCCAUGAGGGCAAAGUGAUGGGCCUGGAUAUUUCUUCCGACGGCCAGCUAAUAGCUACUUGCUCAUAUGACAGGACCUUCAAGCUCUGGAUGGCUGAAUAG